GCAGCGCACCAAGCAGCAGCGUCAACCGCGUUUCCGGACACCGGCGGCGACUGUACCAGCGACAGUAACGAACGACGACCGACGGCGGAAGAAGCGUCAGCCAGAACAAGCUCAGCGCAACAGUUAUCACUGCCACCGCCACCACCCUCGCCGGAAACGCGUACAGAUUAAAAUCCAAGAAAAACUCCAAAAAGCAAACAAUAAUGUCUUCAAUUUCACAAUUCAGAAAGAACAAGCUCAUGUAUGUCUUCAAUGUCUUCUUCGACGUCAACUCUAGCGGCACUAUUGACAAGAAAGAUUUCGAGAUCGCCAUCGAAAGAUUUUGUAAUUUGCGUGGUUGGAGUGGUGAUUCGGAAAAAGUAGAGAAGACCCGAUCAUGUCUGCUCAAGGUUUGGGAUGGUUUACAGUCUGGUGCUGAUAAAGAUCAGGAUGGUCAGGUGACACAAGACGAAUGGUGCGCAAUGUGGGACGAAUUUUCUAAAAACCCAAGUGCACCUCAAGAAUGGCAAACACAUUAUAUGAAUUUCAUGUUUGAUCUAGUCGAUACUUCAGGUGACGGUUCCAUCGACGAGGCAGAAUUUUGCGAAGUUUGCCAAAACAACGGCGUGCCUGCUGUGGAAGCUGCAGACGCGUAUAAGCGAUUUUCAAAGGCUGGAACAGUUCAAGUCUCUCGCGAUGAAUUCGCUAAAUACUGGGUGGAAUUUUUCUCCUCCGAAGAUCCAAUGGCAUUGGGCAACUUCAUUUUUGGCAAAACAUCAUUCAACUAAAUAACAAAAAAUUCGAAACACACAUCGUAUUUUUUGUAUUACUUUUUUCUUUAUAAACUAAUACUUAAAAUUGUGGUAAAAAAAAAUCACAUACAUCAAGGAUAUUCAAACGAUAAAUCUUCAUUAGAUAUCAUAAUAUAAUAUCAUAUAAUAUAUCAUAUUCUAUUUAAAUAGGUAAGUAGACUACAAACGUAGUU